AGAAAAGGUCUCUAAAUUCAAAGAGCAUCCAUACAUCGGUGUAUCAGAAAAUGUUUUUCCUUCUGUUGCUGUUACGUUAACAACCGCGUUCGUCUUGGGAGGUUUGUUUUGAAAUAAAAACAACUGUCGUGCAGCAUGUGGUCAUAAGACAACUGGAUUAUUAUUAUUAUUAAACAUAAAUAAAACCAAUAUCAAAUGGCAGCAGAUUUAGCACCAGCUGGGAUUCCAGUGCAAUCGGAUGUUUAUCAUUCGCCGAUUCCGAAGUUAAACUUUCUACACGCGCUUGUCGCUGGCGGCGUGGCGGGUGUUGUAGUGGAUAUAGCUCUAUUUCCUAUUGAUACGGUUAAGACACGCCUGCAAAGCGAAUUGGGAUUUUGGCGCGCCGGCGGCUUUCGCGGCAUCUAUAAAGGUCUUGCGCCUGCAGCUGCUGGCAGCGCACCCACAGCCGCCUUAUUCUUUUGCACUUACGAGUGCGGAAAGCAGCUACUUAGCUCGGUGACCAAUACCAAAGAUUCUCCCUAUGUGCACAUGGCGGCAGCAUCGGCAGCUGAAGUGCUUGCUUGCCUCAUACGUGUGCCCGUGGAAAUAGCUAAACAACGUUCGCAAACGUUGCUGGGGCACAAACAGCAUCAGACUGCCCUUCAGAUUCUGUUGCGCGCUUAUCGCACUGAGGGAUUGCGUCGUGGUCUCUAUCGAGGCUUUGGCUCCACAAUUAUGCGCGAGAUUCCGUUUAGUUUAAUACAGUUCCCGUUGUGGGAGUACUUUAAGCGUCAAUGGACACCCAUGACCGGCUAUGAGUCGACACCGUUGACUGUGGCAUUGUGUGGUGCAAUUGCUGGUGGCAUUUCGGCUGGACUGACAACGCCUUUGGAUGUGGUCAAGACUCGUAUCAUGCUGGCGGAACGAGACAGCGCGACACGGCGUCGCAAUGUGCCUAGCAUCUUGCGUGGCAUUUACGUUGAACGUGGCCUAAGCGGUUUAUUUGCGGGCUUUGUGCCGCGCGUGCUUUGGAUUACUCUAGGCGGUGCGUUCUUCUUCGGAUUCUAUGAUCUAACAACACGACUUUUGGGUGCUGCAAAUCCCGACAACUAACAUCAAUAUGAUCG